GCUAUAUAAAGAGCUUCCACUUUAUCGCCUGUAUCUAGUUGCUCUUGAAUCGCGUAUAACAGCUGACAUUGAGUGUUCCCGCAAAAUGAAGACGUUUACGAUCAUUUUGAUUCUUGGCAAGGCUUAUUGUCAAUUUGGCAAUGCCUCUAGACUCGAGGACAUGAAAACGUGCUUAGUCGAAAAUGGUUUCACUGACAGUCAUGCUGACUUGGAGCGUCUACAGGCUAUUGGAGAUCCAGAACACGUCGAUAGAUUGAAGGACGUUUCGAGAGAAAAAAUGGCUGGCGUUAUUGCUUGCAUGUUCCAGAGAAGACACGGAAACAAAAACUUAAACGAAGCCCUCCAAAAUCUCGUAGAAAGAGAUGAUAAGGUGACAGAGGAGGAAAGGAAAAAGAUGUUGGAAACGUUGAAAAGUUGCAACGCAAAUGCUACUGGAGAUAAUAUUAAACUGCUAAGCUGUCUUAACAUUAUGGCUCCUCCGUUUGAUGUUCUGAUAGCUGCUUUUCGCGAUCUUGAUGAUUCCGUCGGUAUUUGUUUUCCUAGGUGCAAUGUCACCAUUGGUGAAAUGUACAAAAUGCAAAAGAACAUGGAAAUGAAAACCAAGGUUAAGGAUCUGCUGAAAAUUGUCAACGAACAGAAAAUGGGCUGUUUCAUGACAUGCAUAGUUGAUGAGGAGGCGAAAAUUAAUCGACUCAGCCCGCCUUUUUUAAGGGUGCUUACGGACCGUAUUAAUAAGAGUGAAAAUCACGAUGAAGAUCAGAAGAGAGAAAUGCUGAAAACUUUGAGUAAAUGCAACGCACAAGUUGCUGAAGUUAAGGACAAAACUUAUGAAAUGAUCAAAUGCGUCAAUAUGUUCAAGCCUCCAUUUAUCGAUAUUUAUUGAAGCAAUACAAAAUAUGAUAUACAACAUUUGAUCUAUUGUAGGUACUGGAUUUACGACAAGAAAAAUGUAAUAAGAAGUAAAAUUACUUGACGUGUCAAAUAUAUUAUUUCAAAGUGUAUUCUAUGAAUUCCUUCGAAUAAAAUAUUCUCUUACUUUAA